AUGCCUCAACCUGCAAUGCGCCCAGGGAAUGUUAACAAGCAUCCUGGACAGAUAGUUCUUGAAGCGAGUCGCGUAGCACGCCCAAAGGAUGUAAUUGCAGCUGAAAAGAGAAAGGCGUCAGCAGAGAAAUUAGCCAAGGCAACCGCCUUGGAAAAUGCUCAAAAGAAGGUCGCUGCAACAGAAGAUGCUAUGGCUGUCGAGCAGAUGGCUCAACGUGCUGGCCCAGGACACCUUGUCAGACCAAAGCCUAAGCCACGCCCAGUGACCAAGGCAGCGCCAACUGCAAACCCCAACAAGAUGUCUGUUGAGGCAAAAACGGUGUCCCAAAGCACUGAUGCCCUGAAGAAGAAAUAUCCAGGCUUGAAACUCACCUUCAAGGAUGGCAGUAACAGUGGGAAAAAUAGAAGGUUGCUGGAAUCUGAAUCAUCCAUAUUGACAGAGGAGGUGGAAGUAGGGAAGUGGGCUAGAAGUGUGGCAUCGAAGUCCCAACAGAAGCCAUCUGCACCACCAAGCGCACGUGCCAGUGUGAUUGCAAGCAGGGAUGCGGACGUAUCUGAAGAUGAAAACCUACCUGAAGAUCAUGACGAGAGCGUAACUGUGAGUCGGGGUGGUCAGGGUGUCAUGCAUAUUAUUGAGACUGUUGAUGAUGCCACGAUGGGACGAAAGUGUACCUUGUCCACGACCUCGUUGGAUGACCUCGAACCCGAAGAGCGGCGUAAAAUGGAAGAAGACCAAGAUGCCGACAAACAUAUUCCGGAUGAGGAUGAGGAUGUUGACAUGACAGAUCAGCAGGGUGAUAUGGAGAUGUCAGUUAGCGUCAUGGAUACCAUGAUGGACGGUCCAAAAUCCAAGUACAUCAAAACCAAAAAUGGACGUGCGCAACGUACUAUACUCAAUCUGAAGAAAGAAAAGCCGAAGAAUUCUCACUUACCCAGCGCUGCUCAUAAUCUAAGCUUUUGUUCCAUAUUUAUUCCAAUGGUCAUACACUGGGUCAGCAAUAACAACUAUCCAUGGACCAUCCCCGAUGAGAAACUCUCAGACGUUCUCGAGGAUAUCUUCAUGGUGGUAUGCCAAAGGAUCUCUGAGUGGAGAGGUAACUUUGGCUCCACUGCUAUCACCAUUCUCAUGGCAUUUUUCGCCUCCACGGACGAAUACAAGACCAAGGAGGCACGCAAAGAAUAUGCUGAAUAUCAACUUGAAGAUUCACGCUUUAUAAUUGACUCGCUCGACUUCGGGUUACCUGGAUAUCCAACGGCCCUUGCACUGACCACUGCAGCCGCCGAGCGUGCACUUAUUUUAGCUCGCGACGACCUGAUUGUGGAAGAUGCUUCGGACCACAGGAAACACAAGAUCGCCCUAACUCUCAAUCACUCCACAAACAAAAUGAGUAACACAGGCACUGCUUUUUCUGCGGGUAAUUGGGAGACUGACACACUCGUGUACAUGGAAUGA